AUGGAGACGCGGAGUAAACCAUGGAGCUUUAUGCUGCUCGCCGUCGUCGUCGCCGAGGCGUCGGGCUUCAUGCCGGCGGAGGCGGCGGGCUGGUCGAAAGGCUCGGCCACGUUCUACGGCGGCAGCGACGCCUCCGGCACCAUGGGUGGCGCGUGCGGGUACGGCAACCUGUACUGGACUGGGUACGGGACGGGGACGGCGGCGCUGAGCGAGGCGCUCGGCGGCGGCGACGGCGGCUGGUGCAACCCGCCGCGCGCGCACUUCGACAUGGCGCAGCCCGCCUGGCUCCACAUCGGCAUCUACAAGGGCGGCGUGGUGCCGGUGCUCUACCAAAGGGUAGCGUGCGUGAAGCGGGGAGGGGUGCGGUUCACCAUGGGAGGGUUCGAGCACUUCCAGCUGGUGCUCAUCUCGAACGUGGCCGGGACGGGGGACAUCAAGGCGGUGUGGGUGAAGGGGGCGGGCACGGAGAGGAUGCCGAUGAGCCGGAACUGGGGCGCCAACUGGCAGUCGCUGGCGGCGCUCGCCGGCCAGGCGCUCACCUUCGGUGUCACCGACACGGGCGGCCAGACCGUCGUCUUCCCGAACGUCGUGCCCGGCCUGGCCUUCACCUCUAGCCUUCAGUUCUCCUACUGA